AUGGAUUUGAGUGACUUACCAGAUGAAGGGGUAGAAGCACUGAAGAUGAAGUGCGUGUUUCGUGGAUGUGUACCAAAGAAACUACAUGUGUUCACAUCCAAAUAUUCUCAUGAAUUUGAAGAGAGUUGUGGUUUUGGAUGGAAAUAUGAAACUGGACCCAAGCAUGAUUGGAGCACCCUGAUGGCUAAUAAGAAUGCUGAAUUUCAGUGCCUUAUUUGUAUCUACAAGAACAUUCUGAAAAAUGCUGGUGUCACUUUGAUUGAAGGGCUUGGAAAGAUUGUGGACCCACGCACCGUGGAUGUAGAUGGGAAACUCUACUCGGUAAGGCACAUACUAGUUGCAGUUGGGGGACGCCCUUCCAUUCCUAAAAUUCCCAGAAGUGAAUAUGCAAUAGAUUCAGAUGCAGCCCUUGAUUUGCCUUCAAGACCUGAAAAAAUCGCAAUAGUUGGGGGAGUUUACAUUGCACUUGAGUUUGCUGGUAUCUUUAAUGGUUUGAGAAGUGACGUCCAUGUAUUCAUACGACAGAAAAAGGUUUUGAGAGGUUUUGAUGAGGAGGUCAGAGAUUUUGUUGCAGAAUAGAUGUCUCUAAGAGGGAUUGAAUUUCACACAGAGGAGUCACCUCAGGCUAUCCUUAAAUCGGCAGAUGGUUCACUAUCUUUGAAAACUAACAAAGGAACAGUUGAACGUUUUUCUCAUAUUAU